AUGCUGUCUGCAGACUACCUACCUGCUGAUUUAUCGUUCUUCGGAAUGUACCCAAUAUCUAUUGUCUUCGUCAUCUUCGCUCUCUAUCUCCUGCGCAACAAAUACGGUCAUGGAAUCUCCAAGAUCCCUGGCCCAAUGUUGGUGGGCUGGACCAGUUUCUGGCGAGUCAACAAUAUCAGGAAAAGUCAGUCGCAUAAGACGAUGAUUGACCUGCAUAGGAAAUACGGAAAACUUGUCAGGACAGCACCAGACGUGGUUGAUGUUUCAGAUCCAACAAUGAUUCCUGAGAUAUAUAACAUCAAAGGGACCUUCAAAAAGACUGGCUUCUUUUCUCUGACAGAACUCUCUUGGAAGGGAAGACCCAGACCGAAUUUGUUUUCAACCACGGAUGAAACUUUUCACCGAGAACAGAAAAGGAAAGUUGCGCAUGCAUACAGCAUGACUAGUUUACUUGAGAUGGAGUAUGCUGUGGAUGAUUGUUCGAGACUAUUUAUGCAGAAGUUGGGAGAGUUUGCAGAUAAAAACAAGACGAUAGAUUUGGGUGCUUGGCUACAGUUCUACGCCUUCGAUGUAGUAGGCGAGUUAACCUUCCAGAAAAAGCUUGGGUUUCUAGAGAAGGGAGACGAUGUUGACGGUAUAAUCAAAGUCAUUGGAAUGGGGCUUUUUUAUACGGUUACUGUUGGUCAAGUUCCGGCAUGGCACAAGAUUUUACUUGGAAAUCCACUGCUGCCAAUAUUCCUUCCGCAAAUGGAAAGAUGGAACGCUGUCUUAGAAUUUACCCUCAAAGCCUUCAAUUCCCGUAUUUCGCGCUCUCACAUCGAUAAGUUCUCGACAUCUUCCCCCACUAACGGUAAAGAUAUGCUCUCACGCUGGCUUGCUGUGAGUUCCUCCGAUCCUCUCAAGAUGAGCACAGAAGAUGUCGUCGUUGCCCUCUCAGGCAACGUCUUCGCCGGUUCCGACACCACUGCCAUCGCUCUUCGGGCUAUCAUCUAUCACCUCUGCAAGACUCCGUCCUGUCUGGAAACCCUUGUCAAAGAACUAGACGACAACGAAUAUCGACUGAGUGAGACGAUCUCAUACAAGGAGUCCAGAGAAUAUCUACCAUACUUGAAUGCGGUGAUCAAAGAAGGGUUGAGGAUUCAUCCCUCUGUCGGAUUACUGUUAGAGAGACAUGUUCCGAAAGGGGGAGCUGUCAUUUCCGGGACUUGGAUACCAGCGGGUACAAAGGUGGGAAUCAAUGCUUGGGUGUUGCAUUUUGAUGAAAAUGUUUUUGAGCAACCGGAGAGGUUUUGGCCUGAGAGGUGGUUGAUCAGCGAUGAGAAGAAGCUAGCAGAGAUGGAGAAGAGCUUCUUCGUUUUUGGAGCGGGUAGCAGGACAUGCAUUGGGAAGAACAUGAGCAUUAUGGAAAUUGGCAAGGUUAUCCCACAGCUAUUGAGGGAAUUCGAGGUCGAAUUGCUCAAUGACUGGAAAGUGAACAAUGCUUGGUUCGUGCAGCAAACUGGGCUGAAUGUCAAAUUGAGGAAGCGAGCAAGACAGCAUUGA